AUGGACUUGUUCCGAGUGAGACUGAACUGCAUCGAUCACUAUCAAGCGACUCCGACGCAUUAUGAUCCACAGCUGAGAAACGAUGUCGGCCCUGCGCAAGCGAAGAGGGGACCGAAGAUCCCAGUUGUGAGGGUAUUCGGCUCCACUGAGACGGGACAAAAAGUCUGCGCGCAUAUUCACGGCGCCUUCCCUUACCUUUACGUCGAGUACCAAGGCAGUCUGGAGCCUGAAGAGGUCGGAGCGUACAUCUAUCGUCUUCAUUUGUCCAUUGACCAUGCCCUGGCUGUUAGCUACAGGCGUGACCAGUACGGAGAAAACGCCAAGUUUGUCGCUCGCAUAACCCUCGUUAAGGGAGUCCCAUUCUAUGGCUUUCACGUGGGCUACCGAUUCUUCCUCAAAAUCUACAUGUUCAACCCUAUAGUCAUGACAAGACUGGCCGACCUGCUUCAGCAAGGCGUCAUCCUGAAGAGGAAAUUUCAGCCCUACGAAGCUCAUCUUCAGUACCUGUUGCAGUUUAUGACUGACUACAAUUUAUACGGCUGUGGCUACCUGGAUGUGUCUGAUGUUUAUUUCAGAGCUCCUGUUCCAUCCUUUGAGGAAGAAGGCAAUUCCGAACAUAUAUGGCAUGAUCGGACAAUCCCCCCCACCCGGGUCCUCAAUGAUCCUAGUCUGCCCAGGAUCAGUCAUUGCUCGGUUGAGGUUGACAUAUGCGUCCAGAACAUCAUGAACCGACACAUGGUAAAAGAGCGUCGUCUUCAUCAUGAUUUUGUUGAGCGUGUCAAGCCGCUUCCAUUAGAUGCGAAAAUGGUCUACAGUAUGGCUGGACUCUGGAAAGACGAGACUCGUCGCCGGAAACUGAAAAUGCCCAACGCUGAUCCCGACAGCAGCCCAUUCCCAGCGGAAGUCUUGAUUUCCAUGUCGGCCAAUGCACGUGACUCGCAACCGCAAGGGUGGAUCCACGAAGCAGAGUAUAAAGAUGAAGUCGUCAAGCUUAUCGAGUCAGAGAAAGACUCAGAAGAUCAAUCAGAGCCAAAGUUUGAGACAUUCGUCAAGCAGACGCCACUGGAGUCUACGGUCAAGACAGCGUUUCAAUCCGUUGAGGACCUUUAUCCUACAAAUCUUCUGCCAGCCCUCGGUUUGCCAUUGAACCAUGGAUCAGCCAUCAACAAUCGUGCAAGCAGCAUAGACGUUGACGAACAGGGCGUUCUUGAUCUAGGCGCCGACAACUUUGAUUCAUAUCCCGUCGAUUCUGACGAAGAAGCUCUUAUUCAGAUGGGAAAACGGAAGUUGCAGAAGAGCGGUCCAAUAAAACGUGCCGUUGAUCGUAAGAAACGUCCGUCGGACAAGCAAGGAGAUGUUCCUGCGAACGAGGAGUCCACGAAUCUUACCGAGGAGGAAGGGUUGCUUGCCAACAAAGCGAUCCACAAACUGCAAUCCAACCUCCCGCUUCCUCAGUAUGAGGGCGUCUAUACUAGCAGGCUGAAAAUUGGCUACCCACCAAUCGUACCAGUUUGGGACGAUAUUCUUGGUACGGCCCAAGAAGAAGGGCUCGUGUCCAGAGUGAAAGGAGAGACUUGUUCAAGUCUCCCGCGACCGGCAUCAGUGAAACGAUGCUUGUCACCGGAUGCAACGCUUCCCUCGACUAAACGGACCAAGAGCGUGUUGCCAGGGCCGUUUAGUGCUGUCACACCUGCGCCGCGAGCCCUCGUCAAAAGUGUCUUGAAUGCUGAAGCGAUUAUUGAGAAGCAACAAGUCGCAGUGUUGCCACCCAACUCUCAAGAACCGCCAAGGUUUUCACAGAACACGAGAACAAAGUCCAUAAAAAAUCGGGAGCUGGCCUUCCCAGUGGUAAAAAGCCAGGAAGAUCCAAACACCAAACUUCGCCUAAGCCAAAUGAGCCAACCCCAAACUUCACAACCCGCCGAAGCAGGCUCACAAGAGCAUGUCUCCUUCAACUUGACAGCAAGAGACACAAAAAUCAACAACCCAAAGACACCAGUUUCAACCAAGAAAGUCCGAAUAACAUCACCGCCAACAGAUUCGGUCGGAACAGAGACGAUGUUGAGCCGUGUCCAGACAGCUCUCGGAGCAUUCUCGUCCAAACGGCAAUUUGUGGUUGGCUCACUGCCUCCUGCACCGAAAGAACUUAUAUCCACGAUGAGUUACCUUCAAAUUCCGGACGUGAUAUACCAAGACGCAUACUAUAGUGAAGAGAAGGAUGUCCCUGCUCGACCCAGAGAGUAUGCCGGCCGAGAGUUUCGCCUCGCAAGCGACACUCUGCCAUACCUGGCCAACUUUGAUCCGACUGGCACGUCUGCAGCCAGCAAGGGCCAUAAACAAGAUGUGUCAAUCGAUAAGCCCAAGGCAGAUUCGCUCUAUUCCACGCAGGGGAACAUGUGCUCAUAUCGGAGCUGGGAGAUGGCACAGCCGCCGCCAUCUUUCAAAGAAGUUCAGGAUUGGUGGAACAAGAAGCAUGCCGUGCAGCGAAAACGCAAUACCGCUGCUAGAAAGAUCAUGAGCACCCCUCAAGCGACAAGACGCUACCUCUCCCAGAUUGAUGGGCCAACUCCAAAAAACAGGCAUGCUUUCAAGUACCCACCGAAGGGAAAGUCAACCGGCGUCAAGCACGAAGCACAAUACAUGAGCACCAUGGCCCUGGAGAUUCACGUCAAUACACGGGGCAAGCUUGUGCCCAAUCCCGACGAGGAUGAAGUUCAGUGUAUAUUUUGGUCCAUCAAAGCAGACGGCACCGUCAACAGCAGUCAGGAAGCAGCAAGCGGAAUUCUUGCUGGAGUUGUUGUCUUGUCACCAGAUGGAGGUCUCGCCGCGAAGAUACGUCGAUACACACCCGCAGAGGUAGUCGAAGAGUCUUCUGAGCUUGAUCUAAUGGUCCGAAUGGUGGAGAUUGUUAGGCGCCAUGACCCCGACAUCCUAACAGGAUACGAGGUCCAUGGAAGCUCAUGGGGCUAUCUCAUCGAAAGAGCUCGUGUGAAAUACGAUUACGACCUCUGCGACGAGUUCUCUCGUACUAAAAGCAACUCUCAUGGUCGCAUAGGUAAAGAAAACGACCGAUGGGGCUUCAACACAACCUCGACCAUUCGUGUAACCGGCAGACACAUGAUCAAUAUCUGGCGGUGCAUGAGAGGAGAACUGAAUUUGCUUCAGUACACCAUGGAGAACGUCGUAUGGCAUGUUCUACACCGGCGCAUGCCCCACUACUCCUGGAAGACCUUGACGGAGUGGUAUAACAGUAGCAAGCAACGGGAUCUUGACAAGCUGUUACGUUACUACCUUGGGCGAACAAAGACCGACAUCCAGAUACUGGAGUCAAACGAGCUCAUUCCCAGAACCAGUGAACAGGCAAGACUGUUGGGAGUGGAUUUCUUCUCCGUCUUCUCGCGUGGCUCUCAGUUCAAGGUUGAAUCCAUCAUGUUCAGGAUUGCUAAGCCGGAAAACUUCAUGCUUGUCUCCCCCAGCAGGAAGCAAGUUGGAGGCCAGAAUGCACUCGAGUGUCUUCCACUAGUCAUGGAACCUCAAAGUGACUUUUACAACAGCCCACUCCUGGUUCUCGACUUUCAGAGUCUAUACCCUAGCGUCAUGAUUGCUUACAACCUUUGUUACUCAACGUUUCUUGGCAGGAUCGUCAACUGGCGCGGGAUGAACAAGAUGGGCUUCACCGAGUACCAGAGGCACAGACGUCUUCUUGAGUUGCUGAAGGACCACAUCAACAUCACACCCAACGGAAUGAUGUUUGUGAGGCCCGAGAUCCGCAAGUCUCUUCUUGCCAAGAUGCUAGGCGAGAUCCUGGAGACGCGAGUGAUGGUCAAGAGUGGGAUGAAGCAAGACAAAGACGAUAAGACGCUUCAGCAGCUGCUCAAUAACAGACAACUGGCUUUGAAGCUUCUUGCGAACGUCACCUAUGGCUACACUUCGGCGUCUUUCUCUGGCCGCAUGCCAUGCUCGGAAAUCGCCGACAGCAUCGUUCAAACAGGACGAGAGACGUUGGAGCGGGCCAUCGCAUAUAUCCACUCGCAGGACCGGUGGGGCGCCGAGGUGGUUUAUGGUGACACAGACAGUCUGUUCGUCUAUCUCAAGGGCCGCACCAAGGAUCAAGCCUUUGACAUCGGCGAGGAAAUAGUCAAGGCCAUUACGGACAUGAAUCCAAGGCCGAUCAAGCUCAAGUUUGAAAAGGUCUAUCACCCUUGCGUCCUUCUGGCCAAGAAGCGGUAUGUUGGCUACAAGUACGAGAGCCGGGACCAAGUCAAGCCUGACUUUGAUGCCAAAGGCAUUGAAACUGUCAGGCGGGACGGGACUCCAGCCGAGCAGAAGAUUGAGGAGAAGGCCCUCAGGAUCCUCUUUGAGACGGCGAACCUCAGCGAAGUCAAGUCGUAUUUCCAGAAGCAGUGUGAGAAGAUCAUGCGAGGGUCUGUUUCGGUGCAGGACUUUUGCUAUGCGAGAGAGGUCAAGCUGGGGACCUAUAGCGAUAAGGGCCCGCCGCCACCGGGAGCACUUAUCAGCACGAAGAAGAUGCUUGAGGAUGCGCGGGCAGAACCACAGUACGGAGAACGAGUGCCCUACGUCGUAAUCACGGGGGCUCCGGGGGCGCGGCUGAUUGACCGCUGCGUGGCACCGGAAGAUCUGCUCAAGGACUCGCACUCCCAGCUGGACGCAGAGUAUUACAUCUCCAAGAACUUGAUCCCGCCGCUGGAGAGAAUAUUCAAUCUCGUGGGUGUCAACGUGCGGCAAUGGUACGACGAGAUGCCCAAGGUUCAGCGCAUCCGCCGGAUCGACCAGACGCUCGGCCGGGGAGGGCUUAACAAGAAGACGCUGGAAUCAUAUCUGAACUCGGCCUCGUGCAUCUCGUGCAACGUCAAGAUGCAAGUCGAGGGCGUCAUGUGCUCCAAAUGCCAACAUGAUGUGCCUUCGUCGCUGUACCACCUCCAGAUGCGGUUGCAUCAGGAGGAGAGGAAGUACAUUGACGUGGUCAGGAUCUGCCGCAGCUGUUCGGCGAUGCCUGCAGUGGAAGAGGUCCCUUGCGAUAGUAAAGACUGUCCCGUAUUUUACUCGCGGGUCAAACAGGGCGCGCGGCUCAAGAUGGAGAAGGGUGCCCUGGAGCCGGUCAUUGAAGAAUUGGUUGCCAAGGCGGGAGGAGCCGCGCUGGAGUGGUGA